CUUGUCUUCAUCCGUUCAUUUGCACUCCUCCCAUAGUCUCUUAGAAAUGCCUGCAAAAAACACAAAGGGAGCCACAGAGGUUUCCUCAAAGGCUACACCUGCAGACGAGAAUGUCUUUCUCUUCAUCCCUAACCUGAUUGGGUAUUCCCGUAUUAUCCUUGCAGCAUUUUCGUUAUACUACAUGCCAGUACACCCAAAAACAUGCAUGCUCAUGUAUUCGAUCUCUUGUCUACUGGAUGCUGUUGAUGGACAGGCUGCAAGGUAUUAUAACCAAUGCAGCAAGUUUGGAGCAGUCCUCGACAUGGUCACUGACAGAUGCACGACUGCCUGUCUUUUAUGCUAUCUUGCCUCAGCUUACUCCAGCUAUGCCCUAAUUUUCCAGUUUCUGAUUGCUCUGGAUGUGAGCAGUCAUUACAUGCAUAUGUACAGCUCACUGACCUCUGGAGCCAGCAGUCAUAAAAAGAUUUCAGAGUCAAGCAACUUCAUUCUUCGCGCCUACUACAGCAACAAUAAUGUUCUUUUUGCUUUCUGCUUCGCCAAUGAGCUCUUUUUUGUGGUUUUGUAUCUCCUCUCAUUCGGAUUCCAGACUUCAACCCUUGGCAAGAUUGUUCUCUACACAUUGGCUGCCUUGACAGGACCUGUCUGUGCUGGAAAGCAAAUCAUUAACUGUAUCCAGUUUGCCAAUGCAGCUAAAAACCUAGCUCAGAUUGACAUUGAGGAGCGCAAGCAAGCCAAGAAGAAUUAGACAUCCCAACGUUUUUUUUUUAAUGUGU